ACUAGACCUGCCACGUCUCCAGCAGAGAGCUUCUAGAAACCAGCGUUAGCAUAUAAAUGGAUCUGCUAGGUCAGCUCUGGGAGAACGGGGAUUAAGAAGCUGCUGACUGGAGACGGUGCACGUCUGGACACGGGAGCAUUUCCACUAUGGGACUGGAUACAGACACACGCCCGGCGGACUUCAAGACGCUCAGACUGAGGAGAAAGCCCUGCCUGCUGCUGCUGCUGCUACUGCUGCCUCCGCUGCUUCUGAAAACCCACUCCUUUCAUGGUUUUUCCUGCCAAGCCAGAGACACCUUCGCUGCUGCUGCCUUUCUCUGUGGUGCCAUUCAGCUGGCCAGAGGAUGAGACUCCCCAAACUCCUCACUUUUUUGCUUUGGCACCUGGCUUGGCUGGACCUGGAAUUCAUCUGCAUUGUGUUGGGUGCCCCUGAUUUAGGCCAGAGACCCCCAGGGGCCAGGCCAGGGUUAGCCAAAGCAGAGGCCAAGGAGAGGCCACCCCUGGCUCGGAAUAUCUUUAGGCCAGGGGGUCACAGCUAUGGGGUGGGGGCCACCAAUGCCAGGGCAAAGGGAAGCUCUGGGCAGACACAAGCCAAGAAGGAAGAACCCAAAAAGAUGCCCCCUAGGUCCGGUGGCUCUGAGACCAAGCCAGGACCCCCUCCCCAAACGAGGCAGGCUGCAGCCCGGACUGUAACCCCAAAAGGACAGCUUCCUGGGGGCAAAGCAUCCUCAAAAGCAGGACCUGCCCCUAGCUCCUUCCUGCUGAAGAAGACCAGGGAGCCUGGGACCCCUCGAGAGCCCAAGGAGCCGUUCCGCCCGCCCCCCAUCACACCCCACGAAUACAUGCUCUCGCUGUACAGGACUCUGUCCGAUGCUGACAGAAAGGGAGGCAACAGCAGCAUGAAGUUGGAGGCUGGCCUGGCCAACACCAUUACCAGCUUUAUUGACAAAGGGCAAGAUGACCGAGGCCCUGUGGUCAGGAAGCAGAGGUACGUGUUUGACAUCAGUGCCUUGGAAAAGGAUGGGCUGUUGGGGGCUGAACUGCGGAUCUUACGGAAGAAGAUCUUGGACGUGGCCAAGCCAGCGGUCCCCAGUAGCGGGCGGGUUGCCCAGCUGAAGCUGUCCAGCUGCCCCAGCGGCCGGCAGCCGGCAGCCUUGCUGGAUGUGCGCUCCGUGCCAGGCCUGGAUGGAUCUGGCUGGGAGGUGUUCGACAUCUGGAAACUCUUCCGAAAUUUUAAGAACUCGGCACAGCUGUGCCUGGAACUAGAGGCCUGGGAACGGGGCCGGGCGGUGGACCUCCGUGGCCUGGGCUUUGAACGCGCUGCCCGACAGGUCCACGAGAAGGCCCUGUUCCUGGUGUUUGGCCGUACCAAGAAACGGGACCUGUUCUUUAAUGAGAUUAAGGCCCGCUCUGGUCAGGAUGACAAGACUGUCUAUGAAUACCUGUUCAGCCAGAGGAGGAAACGGCGGGCCCCACUGGCCAAUCGCCAGGGCAAGCGACCCAGCAAAAACCUCAAGGCUCGCUGCAGCCGCAAGGCUUUGCAUGUCAACUUCAAGGACAUGGGCUGGGACGACUGGAUCAUCGCACCCCUUGAGUAUGAGGCCUUUCACUGCGAAGGACUGUGCGAGUUCCCCUUGCGCUCCCACUUGGAGCCCACAAACCACGCGGUCAUCCAGACGCUUAUGAACUCUAUGGACCCGGAAUCCACACCCCCCACCUGCUGUGUGCCCACGCGCCUGAGUCCCAUCAGCAUCCUCUUUAUUGACUCGGCCAACAACGUGGUGUAUAAACAAUAUGAGGACAUGGUCGUGGAAUCUUGUGGCUGCAGGUAGCAGCGCAGGCCCUCUGUCUUCCGGGGUGGCACAU